CUGCGGGGAGGAGCCGCAGGGGACAGCGCUCGUGGGCGGCCGAGGAUGCUGCGGGGCGGCCGCGCCGGGGCCCCUCGUUCGUGACCGCGGCGUCGCGUCUGAGGCAGCCGAGGCGCGGGCCCCUUGCGGUCCUGCUCCGCGCACGCGCCCCGCGACCUCCCGGAGCUGACAGCGCGAGCGCGCGGCCCCGCGGGAGCAGCACGAAUGUACGACAACAUGUCCACGAUGGUGUAUAUAAAGGAAGACAAGUUGGAGAAGCUGACCCAGGAUGAGAUUAUUUCUAAGACAAAGCAAGUGAUCCAGGGGCUGGAGGCUCUGAAGAACGAGCACAAUUCCAUCCUGCAGAGUUUGCUCGAGACCCUGAAGUGUUUGAAGAAAGAUGACGAAAGUAAUCUGGUGGAAGAGAAAUCAAACAUGAUCCGAAAGUCUCUGGAGAUGUUGGAGCUUGGCCUGAGUGAGGCACAGGUCAUGAUGGCUUUGUCCAACCACCUGAACGCCGUGGAGUCUGAGAAGCAGAAACUGCGCGCACAGGUUCGUCGGCUGUGCCAGGAGAAUCAGUGGCUGCGGGACGAGCUGGCCAAUACGCAGCAGAAGUUGCAGAAGAGCGAGCAGUCCGUGGCUCAGCUGGAGGAGGAGAAGAAGCACCUGGAGUUCAUGAAUCAGUUAAAGAAAUACGAUGACGACAUCUCCCCAUCCGAGGACAAAGACACUGAUUCCGCCAAAGAACCUCUGGAUGACCUUUUCCCAAAUGACGACGACGAUCCCGGUCAAGGAAUCCAGCAGCAGCACAGCAGUGCAGCGGCGGCCGCGCAGCAGGGCGGCUACGAGAUCCCGGCACGGCUGCGCACGCUCCACAACCUGGUCAUCCAGUACGCCUCGCAGGGGCGCUACGAGGUGGCCGUGCCGCUCUGCAAGCAGGCCCUGGAGGACCUGGAGAAGACGUCCGGCCACGAUCACCCGGAUGUGGCCACCAUGCUGAACAUCCUGGCCUUGGUGUACAGAGACCAGAAUAAAUACAAAGAUGCCGCUAAUCUACUGAACGACGCCUUGGCCAUCCGUGAGAAGACUUUGGGCAAAGAUCAUCCUGCGGUGGCAGCGACUCUGAAUAACCUUGCAGUGCUUUACGGCAAGAGAGGGAAGUACAAAGAGGCCGAACCGCUGUGUAAGAGAGCGCUGGAGAUCCGAGAGAAGGUUUUGGGAAAGGAUCACCCCGAUGUUGCCAAGCAGUUAAAUAACUUGGCUUUACUGUGCCAGAAUCAGGGCAAGUACGAGGAAGUAGAAUAUUAUUAUCAAAGAGCCCUCGAGAUCUACCAAACAAAACUGGGGCCUGAUGACCCCAAUGUGGCCAAAACAAAAAAUAACCUGGCAUCCUGCUAUCUGAAGCAAGGAAAAUUCAAGCAAGCAGAAACCCUGUACAAAGAGAUUCUCACUCGUGCACACGAAAGGGAGUUUGGCUCUGUAGAUGAUGAAAAUAAACCCAUUUGGAUGCACGCUGAAGAAAGAGAAGAAUGCAAAGGAAAGCAAAAGGACGGGACAUCUUUUGGAGAAUAUGGCGGCUGGUACAAAGCCUGCAAAGUUGAUAGUCCAACUGUUACAACUACUUUGAAAAACCUUGGGGCACUUUACAGACGUCAAGGCAAGUUUGAAGCUGCAGAGACAUUGGAAGAAGCUGCCAUGAGGUCCCGUAAACAGGGUCUUGACAAUGUUCACAAACAGAGAGUAGCCGAAGUGCUGAAUGACCCUGAGAACAUGGAGAAGCGGAGAAGCCGGGAGAGUCUGAACGUGGACGUGGUCAAGUACGAGAGCGGCCCUGACGGAGGGGAGGAAGUGAGUAUGAGCGUAGAGUGGAACGGGGACGGCACGGGAUCUUUAAAGCGCAGUGGCUCCUUUAGCAAACUCCGGGCUUCAAUUAGACGCAGCAGUGAGAAGCUGGUUAGGAAGCUGAAGGGAGGAAGCUCUCGAGAGAGUGACCCAAAGAACCCCGGCAUGAAGCGGGCCAGUUCCCUGAAUGUCCUUAACGUGGGUGGCAAGGCCGCUGAAGACCAUUUGCAAGAACGAAGUCCUUGUCUGGCAGACUCGCGAGCUCUGAGUGCCAGCCACACUGACCUGGCCCACUGAGGGCCGAGGCAGAGCUAGCUAGAACCCCCGGGACUAAAGAAGCACUGAGGCCCGCGGGCUUUGCCACGCCCCUCCCCACUCAGCAGGGGCCCCCCAGCUCCGGGGUUGCUUCCGUUUCUAGCUAGUGCUGUCCGCUGCCUCUUGGAGGUUUGCCCCGAAUUCUGUUAAGCUGUCGGCGCUGCUAGCGACCAAGAGGGGCCGAAGCGGGAGCGUGAGACCGGCCGGGCGCGGAGGCCUGCGGAGGCCCCGGCAGGUGGCUGCGGCUCGUUGGGAACCGGCCGCUGCUCCCGGGACGCUUGUACUCUCUGCCACUCCACCAGGAUCGGUUGUAAAUGUUCACACUGUGUUAAGGCUGUGAAUUCAGACUCUGGAACCUCGCGCUGCAUCCUUCCACACUGUGCAUCUGAUGGCCUCUGGCAGUGCCCCCAGGGUUCAGAGUGGCACUCAGGAGCGGGAGAGAUGGGGGCCGCGCCGGUGGGUUUGGGUCUCGGCUGAGCCCCGCUCCCGCAGCGCGGCCGCUCCACGCGCUCUGCCCAACGCGCCGUGGGCUCCCGCGCCCGGCCCUGCGGAGCCCGUGUCCCCCUGCCGGCCCCGGAGCAUCAAGCACACAGGGACGUGGGCUUAUUUUUCCAAAGGUGUUCUUUGUAGUGUUAAGUAGCACGGGGUAGGUUUUGACGGGAACGUGUCCCAGUCCACCCUGCAGCCCUCCCCGGGAAGGGCGGCGUGAGGCUGCCUCGUAGGUUCAGAACAUUCUGAGCAGAUGACAGGGUUUGUGACUCCAGAUGGCAGCAGCGGUGAGAAGGGGGACGGGCGGGAGUGGGGAGAUGCAACCUGUAGGGGAGGGGGUCUGGGAGACGUGCUUCCCGGUGACAAGCUGCAGCUUGUGACUUUAACGUCAUGUGGGGUCACCGCCAGGACACGUGCUUUUGCCUGUCUCCAGCCCCCUCUUCCUCCUGAAUCGCACUCUGCCUGGGUACGCGUGAGGGGUCUUCCUGGGGGUCCCCCGGUACUACACGUGUCCCUUGGGGGCUGCGGGCUGGGAACUUACGGAGGGUCCCAUCAUUUAAGACCACAGAAGCGCGUGGCCUGGCUCGUCAGGAUGGUGUGGCCGUGUGCCCCUUCCUGCCGAGAUCGGUGCUCUGUUCUGCCUGCAGGUGCCCAUGGGUCUGGCUGGGGGGCUUCCACGGCCGCCCCCUUUCCACAGCGCCCGACUGUCCGGUGUUGCAGCUUCUGGUGGGCCGGGAGUGCUCUCCAGGGUUGGUUUGCACGUGGGAUGGGUUGUGAGAUGCUCAAGCCAAGAGAACAGCAGAGCCGUGUCCUCGUGUCCCUUCGAGGCGCAGGGGCUGCCGGGGCAUGAUGUGAUCAGUGGGGAGGGCCCUGGGAGCUGUCCUGUCCCCUCUGUCCGAGGGGCUCUUCUCAGGCCAUGAAACUGAUCUGGUGCAUUGGAAGCUUAACCUGUUUCCCUUAGCGACACUUGUGUCUGGAGAACUUGGGGCCGAGAACAGCAUUUAAUGUCCUGCUCGCGGCAGGGGUGCCUUUGUCGAACCCUCCCCGCCUGGGAACCCUCGGUCCUUCGUUCUCUGAGGCCGACAUUGCCUUGUGGGGCUGUGAGGAAACGUAGCCAGGGUGAGAGAAGCCAGCGGCCUCCCGAAACACACGUCAUCAAAACUUCCAUGUCUCGGGGGCUGCCGCCGGGGAAUCUGUGAUGUCUGAUUUCCGAACUUGUACCAAAACAGAAUGAGCCCGGGCAGCCCUACUCGUGGAUUCGCACAUUCUUGAAGAGACCAGCAGUGGGGGUGGCUGUCCCUCGUCCACAGCGCUCUCCUUUCCCAGCGAGGGGGCCCUUAGAGUGCCAGCCAGCACCCACUGUCCGUGCUUCCCGUCCAGUUCGGGCCCCUGGGCAGAGGACAGACCGGAGCCGCCACCGUCUGCAGGGCCCCUCCCCGGCAUGUCAGAGCGGGGGAGGCGGUGGGAGGCCGGGGUCUCCUGACCUUCCCGACUUGCCCCGGCAGCCGCCCUGGCAGCCUGUGGCGCCCGUGUUGUGUUUACAGGAUCGAAGGGAGUCUGUUAUUUCCUGUUAUUAAAAAAUUCCUGUCAUUUGUUCAGAAAACUGCUAGAAAUAUCAUGUAAGAGAAAUUCAGCGAUUAUGGUGACCUACUAGUACUCCAGAACAUCCUUUACGGUUCCCAGAAUAUACGUCCAUCCCUGUAACUUUAUAGGAUGUUUCUGGAGGCAUGUUGCAUAGAGGAGGCUGGUUUCUGAGAUGUUUCUAUCUGCCCUUCCUCCUGACCACCGCACCGUGUAGUCCUCAAACUCCCGAAAACUCGAGUGCGGUGAAGCAGCGACCAAGGGGGAGCUUCCCGUCAGCCGAGGGAGUCUCGUCAGUGCGUACCGGCAUCCUGCGGGUGCCUGGGGCAGGCAGAAAGACGGGCACUAUUCACGUUUAUCCCCAUCGUCCUGGGGGAGAACCCCCGGAGGGACCCAGGUCUGCGAGGCCUGUGCGAUGAGCCUUGAGGGGAGACGGGACGGAGGGGACGGCGCGGCCCGGACCGUCAGUGUCACGGACAGACGCGCUGCUGCCGGGGCGUCCCUCUGGGGUGGGUGGGCAGGGGCCCCAGUGCUGACGAGCGCGUGUGGUGUGCGCCCCCCAGGGGGAGGCCCGUCUGGCACGCGUAGCUACAGUCUUCGAUCGUAGUUUUCUGUUUGUGUGAUGUGCUUACAAAAUAAUUUGGGAUUGUUUCUAUUUAAUUACAAAAAUAAAAUGGUUUAUUUCCUGCUGUGAAGUU